AUGGCAUCACGAAACGACUACAUUGUCGGUUGGGUCUGCGCCCUACCCUUGGUGGCAACUGCUGCCGAGGCGAUGCUAGACUCCGUUCAUCCCGAUGGGCCCUUGGACCUGGAUAUAACUGACGAUAUCAAGUUUGUCUUUGGUAGACUCAAUGGCUACGACAUCGUGCUCGCAUAUCCGUCCCCCACGAAUCAAGGAAAUGGCUCAGCUGUGGAAAUCGUUGAGCAGGUCCGUUUAGCUUUCAGGUCCAUCCGGUUCAUUCUCCUGAUUGGAUUAGGAGGAGGCGUUCCGCACACGAAGGAGAACAUUUCCCCUGGGGAUGUAGUUGUCGGAAGACCAGAGCCAGGUCGCUCUGGCCUGGUGCUGUACGAGGGAGGCCAGGUUCACUGGAAUAGUGACGAUGCGGGCAAUGUCCGCUCCAGAGACUCGUCUGACAAGCCAUCCUCCAGCCUUCUGACCGCGACGCGGAAAGUGGAAAUGAACUCGAUUCUUGGCAACAGUCAUAUGCGGACUUACAUGAGCACCAUCAUUGAUAAACAGCCCACGAUAUUCGCCCCGCCCGAGCUGGAGAAAGGCAGUACAGCCGGUGCAAAUGACGGAGAUAGGGACGUAAAGAGCUCGGGUGACAGAGGUGAAGGGAACGGACGCCAUACUCAUUCCUGGCAAGCGAGCACAGACCGGUUGCCCAAGGUCCAUUACGGGCUUGUUGCAAGCUGUCAGCACCAAUUGAGAGACUCCAAGACUCGUGAUAGCCUGGCAGCAGACCACGGCAUUCUCUGCUUCGAAACCGAAGCCUUUGGUUUACCCGACAACGGCCGUAUCCAAGUCAUCAGAGGGAUAUGCGGUUAUUCCGAUUCGUCCUUUAAUGACGGGGAAUGGAAAGGCUAUGCCGCCGCUGCAGCGGCUGCGUACGCAAGAGAGCUCCUGAUGUCAAUGCCCACCGUCGCAAAGCCCGUAGCGCGGGAGAUCGAAACCCGAGCAGCAGCAUCCACCGUGCUUGAUGCUCUACUAUUGACCAGGCCAGAGGUGGACCGCAGCUCGUUGAUCGCCCUGAAAGGACGCAGAGCUGAUGGCACAUGCGAGUGGCUCACACGACACGCAAACUACCAACGAUGGGCCGCCGGUGACAGUCCCCCUCUGCUCUGGGUCUCGGGUGGUCCUGGAAAAGGGAAGACAAUGCUGGCUAUCUAUGUAACCGAGCUGCUGCAACCAGAACAAGAUUCGACAAAGGGAGUCCUUCUCUAUUAUUUCUGCAGUAACCGUGACAAGAACCGGAACUCAGCUGUUACUAUCAUGAGAGGAAUUAUACACCAAUGGAUCACCGCCGAGCCUCAUCUGGCGCAGCACGUCAAGAGCUAUUUCGACGGCUCUGAAACCAUUAAAUACACAAUAUCCAAUUUUGUGACCCUAUGGAGGGUCUUUCUCUCUCUGCUUCGCGAGACCACAUCAAGCACCAUUACCUGUGUGCUGGAUGGCCUAGACGAAUGUGAAAAGGGGUCGCUCCAACAGCUCCUGGAUGCUCUGAGGAAAUAUCUAUCUCAAAAUGCAAGAGAUAAAGAGUCGAAACUAAGACUGAUUCUUCUCUCGCGCUCCCAGCCAGUACUACUGGAAAGCAAGCUUGGUCAGUUUUCCCGGGUCAGGUUGGACGAAUCAGACAUGGAGGUAGCCAAGGAUGUCGAGAGAUACAUCGCAUCCAAGGUUUCGGAGCUGGCCUUAGAUCAAACCCUAACAGAGGACCAACUAUCACAAGUGCGGCAGGCCUUGGUGGAUGGCGCCGAUGGCACCUUUCUCUGGGUCGGUUUCGUCGCGGACGAGCUCCAGGGGCGAAGUUGGCAAAAGAUCCAGGAUAUACUCCACCGAAUGCCUAAAGGCUUGGGCGGCGUUUACCAGCGACUACUACUGCAGGUUGAGGACAAGGAACGGCUGAUUCCCAUCCUGCAGUGGCUUGUGCUUGCUGCAAGACCCCUGGCCAUCGAUGAGCUCUGUAUAGCAGCCAAGAUUGCUCCAUCUGUCGACCGUAACGCGGUCGAGGCUACACGGGAUAGGCUCAACUCCUGCGGGCUUCUGGUCAAAGUCGACGGGGACGUAGCCAACCUCGUGCACGAGUCUGCCAAAGAGUUUUUCCAGAGCGAUCAGGUUGAUGAGCUGGAAGAGAUCAGAAUGUUUCGGAUGGGUCCAGCUACCCACCGUGCGCUUAUGGACGCUUGUCUGUCACUGAUCGAGAACAGUCAUGCUUCCCCAGGUGGCAUCAGCGAGCAAUCCCUCACCAAACCCCUCUUGGCCUACGCAUGUCUUUACUGGCCCUAUCACUUACAGCGCGCACAAGAACUGGUCGGUGACCGGUCUAUGUUCACUCGUUCAUUCUUCAAGCCCGAGACUCCGAUCAGGGAAGACUGGUGGAAGUUCUACUGGGACAAGGAGCAGUAUGGUGGAGCACCGCCCUCUUUUUCACUACUGCAUCUCUCCUCAUACCUGGAUAUUCCGGCUUGGACCAGGGUGUUGCUGGAACAAGACGCCGCGAAGCAUAGCUCCCGCCACAGACUCGUUGCACGGAAAGAUAACUACGGUCGGACUCCACUGUUCUGGGCCGCGACCCGGGGUCACAAAGAUAUCGUCGAGCUAUUACUCAAGCAUGGAGCCCCCGUAGGCUCCAAGGACCGGAGUAAUAUGACACCGCUACAUAUAGCGGUCACGGGAGGACACAAGGAGGUUGUGGCUCUUCUCCUUGAACAUUCCGCCCCGAUCGAAGCCAAGGCGAGCUAUGGCGACACACCACUGAUACGAGCCAUCCAGGCCAACUCCAAAGAAAUCGUCCAGCUCCUUCUGGAACAUGGAGCGAGCAUUGCUGAGCUGCCUAUCGUCGGCACUAACCAGCGAAACCAGCAAUCGAUGACCAUAGAAGAGAGGGCAGAACAGCUACUCGGGUUACAAGAACAACUCUUCGCGGCCAGAUACGAGGAAUCUUCGCGCCUCGUCGGGCUCACAAUCAAGACACUCACCCUAUCAUUCCAAUUUCAGCCCAUCGCCAAACUUUUCAAGUUCUAUCUCGAGCACUCCUCCAUCGGCCGCUGGGAAGUGAUGCACGUGCUCCAGGAUCUAGUCAGAAACAACAAAAUUGCGAGGCUGCGGAACUGGGCUCAAGCCUAUAUCGACUUUGGCAUCCAACUGGUCCAGGCAGAGGACGCAAAGAACCUCGCCAUCAUGACGGAUCUUUCGGUUCAGGUAUUCCGUGUCGUCUCCACAGGUGACCUCGAGGCUCUAUUGGUGAUCGGCGUCCUCGUCGGCUCGAGCGUAAUACUCGCCGCAGCCGAAAAGGGAUGGUGGCCGGGCGUCGACAUCUCGGCACGCACGUUCGCCCAGUUUGCUGCUCUAGCGUACCACAGAGACCGGGGUGAGUUCCUGCACUACGGCGUCCGGGAAUUCCUCGUCGAGUUCGACGGCUGCAUCCGUGGUGGAAGAAGGUCUGAGAGCGCGGCUCGGACUGUCGUUCUCUUCAGCACGCACUUCGCCAUCAUCGACACCAAGGAGACUCGUCCAAUUGAUUACUUUGCGACGAUCAUCGCAGAGUACUAUGAAGGCUACGUCGGUACCGCUGACGAGGAGCGGCUCUUUAGUGACGCAACUCAAGCGUGCGCUGAUGAGCUUGAGAUCAUUAGCAAAACACGCGAUUCUCACAAACUACUGCUAUUCGCCACCGCAAUCCUGCAGUUUAUCGAGCGCUGUUCCAAGGACAUAGCCAAGGACCACUUCUUAAGCAUGAUACCAGCGUCAUGCAUGAUACUCUGUCAACGAGACCAUAAGCUUCAUGCAUGGCUUGUUGCCAAAGCAAUACCGGAGACUAUGAGUGUUUCAAUAUCGCAGCUGCCGGAGAUGGCUCAAAGGCGUGCGUUCAAGGCUCUUGUUGAGUGCAUUAUCAUUGGCAAGCAAUACGGGCUGUCAGAUCCCGUGGAUCUACAACAGAGGCUCAGGCAAACUCCUAACAUCAGUCACUAUGUCAGUGAAACGCUGGAGGAAAUUUUGUUUUGA